UUCUUAUUGAGUAGCCGAACAGUGGCUCUCGUCGCUGAUUGGUGGAUCUUCUCGAGCACCAAAGCGUCCAAAGAGUCAAAGUGGGGACAGAAGUGAAUAGAAGGAAGUAGAUUUUUUUUGUUUUUUGUUUACAAUGAAAAGUAUAGUGAAACUCCCGUAGACGAAGAGCUAUGCCAGCUCAACCAUCUGUGAGGGGACAAGACGAGGAAGAGAUGGAGGCGGAAGGAGAGUCACACCUCCCUGAAGCCAACGGAGAAGUGGAGGAGCUGAGGGACCAUGAAGAUGGAGGAGAGGAAAGUAUGGAAGAGAGGGACAGUGACUUAGAGGAGAGUGAAGAAGAAGAAGAAGACGAGGAGGAAGAGGAGAGUUCAGAGAUGGAUGAUGUAGACUGUGAGCGCAGGAGAGGAGAAUGUCUGGAUGAAAUGCUGGAUCUGGAGAAACAGUUCCAGGACCUGAAGGAGAAGUUGUUUCGGGAGCGGCUCAACCAAGUGAAGGUGAAGCUGGAUGAGGUGUUGACAGGAAAGGCUGGAGAAUACAGGGAGCCGCUGGCUGCACUACAAAACAAUAUGCAGAUACGAACACAAGUGGCAGGUAGUGCUGAUGGAGUGUACAGAGAGCUGUGUCUGCAGGUGAUCAAACACAAGCAUGAGUGUGAAGUGCAAGGAGCAAAGCAACACCUGGAGAGCGAGCGCACAUUGCUGUUUGAUGCUAUGAAGUCAGAGCUGCUGGAGAAGAUCCGCAGACUGGAGGAGGACAGACAGAAUAUAGACCUCAGCUCCGAGUGGAGUGAUGAGAUGAGGAGCAAGAAGUGUAAAAGGAAACAUCUGUUUGGUCCAUCAGAAAAGAAAAAGAAAGUUGCUCUCGUAGCUGGACCCUUUAUCGUCUACAUGUUGAGAGACAUUGACAUUCUCGAGGAUUGGACCACCAUUAAAAAAGCAAAGGCAGGUUUGUCACCACUAAAGAAGAAAACAGACACACGGUGAUGGACAGAGUCUCCCUGUCGCAGAGAAACCAAAUGGCACACACACACAUUCCAAAAUACUCUCACUAACAAUUCCACGUCGUCAGUGUCCUUGACUGAAGUCCAGCAGACUGUUGCAGUCCCAAAAUGUCUUCUUCACUGCUUGUUUGUUAUCUAUUGCUAUUUAUAAUACAUUUUUAAUGAGAAAAAACAUGUAUUUGUACAGAGAUUUAUAACGAUGAUUAAAUUUUUUUAAUCCUUUGUGCAACA